AUGAAGUUCUCCACAACUAUUGCGGCCGUGGCUUCAUUAAUCGCUACGGCGAGCGCCCACGGCGGUGUCGGUAUCUACACAAUCGACGGCAAAGACUACCAAGGAUGGCAACCUUAUAACUCUGCUUCGGGCCAAGUAACCAUCCAGCGCCAAUACUCCUCCUUUAACCCCCUAUUGAUCGCCGAUCUUACCACCGUGAACAUCCGCUGCAACAACGCCGGCACGCUCGGCACUGGCGUAUCCGCCCCCGUCACCGCCGGCUCCACAAUAAAAACCCACUGGACGCAAUGGACGCACCGCCCCGCAGCCGUCAUGAUCUACAUGGCGAAAUGCCCCAGCUCCGGCUGCAACAGCUGGGAUGGCGCCGGCAAAGUAUGGUUCAAGAUCGACGAGGAAGGCUUGGUGAGCGGGACGCAGAACGCGGGCAAGUGGGCCGGCGACCAGAUUACAGAUACGCUGAAUUGGACGACGACGGUGCCGGCGAGUUUGGCACCCGGAGAGUAUCUGAUUAGGCAUGAGUUGUUGGCGCUGCAUCAGGCCAACAAUCCGCAGUUCUACCCGGAAUGCGCCCAACUCACCGUCUCCGGAACCGGGACCGCCAGCCCGCCAGCCUCAGCCCUAGUCUCCUUCCCCGGCGCCUACAGCGCCAGCGACCCGGGCAUCAACUUCAACAUCGACGGCAGCGCCGCCAUGACCGCAACCACGUACCCGAUCCCCGGCCCCCCAGUCUGGGACGGCACGGGCAACUCGCAGCCCUCCAAUCCCGAGCCCUCAUCCGCACCCUCGUCAGCGCCUUCUUCGGCGGCGGCGCCGUCCUCUGCGCCAACGACGCUGGUCACGAGCGCGAAGCCGGCUACCCCGACGACGCCGGCGGCUUGCACGUCCGCCAAGUAUCAGCAGUGCGGCGGGAAAGGGUUUACCGGGUGCACGACGUGCGCGGCGGGGAGCACGUGUAAGGCGAAUGGGGAUUAUUAUUCGCAGUGCUUGUAG